GGUGACGUCACGAUCAAUCCCACCACUAAGUUCCCAGCCAAGCGCUACCGCCGCUAUCUCGCGAGAGCCGUAGUUUCUUCCAUUCUGUUUUGGACAUGCGCGGGGCGUAAGGCGCUUUGGCCAGAGUGGUUUGAUGGUUUUGUGUCAGUCUUCCUACAGCUGAGCUUCCACAAGACACUUUUUCCCUUUCAGCCACCCACGAUCUCGCGAGACUUGCUAUUCUGCGCCCCCUCCCACCUUGCGCUUGCGCAGAUGUUCAAAGCAGAAGGUCGCGCUUGGAGGAAGUGGUGGCUUUGAGUCCGGUGGCCCAAGCGCUGUUACUACUUCUCUGAAGCUCCUCUCGGCUGCUUGCCGAGACACCCUGCCGCCAAGAUGCCUCGAAUUAUGAUCAAGGGGGGCGUAUGGAGGAAUACCGAGGAUGAAAUUCUGAAAGCAGCGGUAAUGAAAUAUGGGAAAAAUCAGUGGUCUAGGAUUGCCUCAUUGCUGCAUAGAAAAUCAGCCAAGCAAUGCAAAGCCAGAUGGUAUGAAUGGCUGGAUCCAAGCAUUAAGAAGACAGAAUGGUCCAGAGAAGAAGAGGAAAAACUCUUGCACUUGGCCAAGUUGAUGCCAACUCAGUGGAGGACCAUUGCUCCAAUCAUUGGAAGAACAGCGGCCCAGUGCUUAGAACACUAUGAAUUUCUUCUGGAUAAAGCUGCCCAAAGAGACAAUGAAGAGGAAACAACAGAUGAUCCAAGAAAACUUAAACCUGGAGAAAUAGAUCCAAAUCCAGAAACAAAACCAGCGCGGCCUGAUCCAAUUGAUAUGGAUGAGGAUGAACUUGAGAUGCUUUCUGAAGCCAGAGCCCGCUUGGCUAAUACUCAGGGAAAGAAGGCCAAGAGGAAAGCAAGAGAGAAACAGUUGGAAGAAGCAAGACGUCUUGCUGCCCUCCAAAAAAGAAGAGAACUUCGAGCAGCUGGCAUAGAAAUUCAGAAGAAAAGAAAAAGGAAGAGAGGAGUUGAUUAUAAUGCCGAAAUCCCAUUUGAAAAAAAGCCUGCCCUUGGUUUUUAUGAUACUUCCGAGGAAAACUACCAAGCUCUUGACGCAGAUUUCAGGAAAUUAAGACAACAGGAUCUUGAUGGGGAGCUAAGAUCUGAAAAAGAAGGAAGAGAUAGAAAAAAAGACAAACAACAUUUGAAAAGGAAAAAAGAAUCUGAUUUACCAUCAGCUAUUCUUCAAACUAGUGGUGUUUCUGAAUUUACUAAAAAGAGAAGCAAACUAGUACUUCCUGCCCCUCAGAUUUCAGAUGCAGAACUCCAGGAAGUUGUAAAAGUAGGCCAAGCGAGUGAAAUUGCACGUCAAACUGCCGAGGAAUCUGGCAUAACAAAUUCUGCUUCCAGUACACUUUUGUCUGAGUACAAUGUCACCAACAACAGCGUUGCUCUUAGAACACCACGAACGCCAGCUUCCCAGGACAGAAUUCUGCAGGAAGCCCAGAACCUCAUGGCCCUCACCAAUGUGGACACCCCAUUAAAAGGUGGACUUAAUACCCCGUUGCAUGAGAGUGACUUCUCAGGUGUAACUCCACAGCGACAAGUUGUACAGACUCCAAACACAGUUCUCUCUACUCCAUUCAGGACUCCUUCUAAUGGAGCUGAAGGGCUGACUCCCCGGAGUGGAACAACUCCCAAACCAGUUAUUAACUCUACUCCGGGUAGAACUCCUCUUCGAGACAAGUUAAACAUUAAUCCCGAGGAUGGAAUGGCAGACUAUAGUGAUCCCUCUUACGUGAAGCAGAUGGAAAGAGAAUCCCGAGAACAUCUCCGUUUAGGGUUGUUGGGCCUUCCUGCCCCUAAGAAUGAUUUUGAAAUUGUUCUACCAGAAAAUGCCGAGAAGGAGCUGGAAGAACGUGAAAUAGAUGAUACUUACAUUGAAGAUGCUGCUGAUGUGGAUGCUCGAAAGCAGGCCAUACGAGAUGCAGAGCGUGUAAAGGAAAUGAAACGAAUGCAUAAAGCUGUCCAGAAAGAUCUGCCAAGACCAUCAGAAGUAAAUGAAACUAUUCUAAGACCCUUAAAUGUAGAACCGCCUUUAACAGAUUUACAGAAAAGUGAAGAACUAAUCAAAAAAGAAAUGAUCACAAUGCUUCAUUAUGACCUUCUACAUCACCCUUAUGAACCAUCUGGAAAUAAAAAAGGCAAAACUGUAGGGUUUGGUACCAAUAAUUCAGAGCACAUUACCUAUCUGGAACAUAAUCCUUAUGAAAAGUUCUCCAAAGAAGAGCUGAAAAAGGCCCAGGAUGUUUUGGUGCAGGAGAUGGAAGUGGUUAAACAAGGAAUGAGCCAUGGAGAGCUCUCAAGUGAAGCUUAUAACCAGGUGUGGGAAGAAUGCUACAGUCAAGUUUUAUAUCUUCCUGGGCAGAGCCGCUACACACGGGCCAAUCUGGCUAGUAAAAAGGACAGAAUUGAAUCACUUGAAAAGAGGCUCGAGAUAAACAGGGGUCACAUGACGACAGAAGCCAAGAGGGCUGCAAAGAUGGAAAAGAAGAUGAAAAUUUUGCUUGGGGGUUACCAGUCUCGUGCUAUGGGGCUCAUGAAACAGUUGAAUGACUUAUGGGACCAAAUUGAACAGGCUCACUUGGAGUUACGCACUUUUGAAGAACUCAAGAAACAUGAAGAUUCUGCUAUUCCCCGGAGGCUAGAGUGUCUAAAAGAAGACGUUCAGCGACAACAAGAAAGAGAAAAGGAACUUCAACAUAGAUACGCUGAUUUGCUGCUGGAGAAAGAGACUUUAAAGUCAAAAUUCUGAAGUACAGUUUAUAUUCUGUCACAGGAUUAAUUAUUUGCCGGUUUUCAUACUCUAGAAGGCUGAAACUGAUGUUUAUCUUCAUUGACAAAUUUGCCCACCAUCUGUGGUUUUUCAGUUGUUUAUUUUAAAUGAUAUCGAUCUUACACAUUCUGUGUAUAAAGACCUUAACUCCACAGGACGGACAUUUUAGAGUUUAAAUUAUUAAGGCUAUCAUUCUUUUAGUAAUGUCAUAUUUGCAAACUUUUUUAGUUUUGGCCUUUAAUUUAAAAAGCCUAAUUUUAAAGUGCUGCCUGUGAGUAACUCUUGAAUAAAAACAAAAUAUAAAAAAUUGAGAA